UUCUCCUCCGCUUCCAGCACCACCACUGCCAGCACCAUCACUUCCCGGGUGACCAGGAAUGGGAACGCCAUAAUGGAGAAGCACUUACUCAAUCACGAGGACGUGGCAGGAGACCGGGGCAUGAUAGACGAUAUGUUUGAUGACACCUACCGGGACAAGGAGGGCCCCAAGCCCCCUGUGCGAUACGUCUGGAGGAAUAUCAUCCUCAUGAGCCUGCUGCACCUAGGGGCCAUAUUUGGGCUGAUGCUGAUACCUUCUGCAAAGAUACAGACAUUGGCAUGGGCCAUUUUGUGUUUCCAAAAACCGGAAUGCCCCCGCCUCUGGAGCCAUCGGUCCUACAAAGCCACACUGCCCCUGCGGAUCUUCUUGGCUAUUGCAAACUCCAUAGCCUUCCAGAAUGACAUCUACGAGUGGGUCCGGGACCACCGUAUCCAUCACAAGUUCUCUGAGACAGAUGCAGACCCACACAAUGCCAAGCGGGGCUUCUUCUUCUCCCACAUCGGGUGGCUGCUGGUGCGCAAGCACCCAGACGUCAUAGAGAAGGGCCAGAAGCUGGACCUGAGUGACAUGAAGGCUGACAAAGUGGUGAUGUUCCAGCGGAGAUACUACAAGCCAUCGGUGGUGUUGCUGUGCUUCACGCUGCCCACUGUAGUGCCCUGGUACUUCUGGGAUGAAUCCAUCGUCAUCAGCUUCUUCAUUCCAGCCAUCCUGCGCUAUGCCAUAGGGCUCAAUGCCACUUGGCUAGUGAACAGUGCUGCUCACAUGUUCGGCAACCGGCCGUAUGAUCAGCACAUCAACCCACGGGAGAACCCCCUGGUCAGCCUGGGGGCCCUAGGAGAAGGCUUCCACAACUACCACCAUACCUUCCCCUACGACUACUCCACGAGUGAGUUUGGCUGGCGCUUCAACCUAACCACAGCCUUCAUUGACCUCAUGUGCUUCCUGGGGCUGGCCAGCGAUCGCAAGAAGGUCUCCAAGGAGGUCAUCCUGGCUCGGAAAAUGCGCACUGGAGAUGGGAGUCACAAGAGUGGCUGAGUUCCUGCUCCCAUUUACACAAACAUCCACACCUCUCCUUCCUCCUUUUUUCUCCCUUUCUCCCUUCCUGACCCCUCCAAACACGCUGGACAAAGGUUUAAUGUUCUGUUUACUAACUACUGAAUAAUGCUAUCAGUUUGCUUUAGAUAAUGGUAAUGAGUUUUAACCCCCUCC